ACUGUUUUGUGUUGGCCCGCAAUACUGCACUACAAUAUAGAAAAGACAUUGUAUCCGGGUGGAGUUCUUUUCAACAAAAUGUAAAUGUAUCGUGAAAUGGAAAACAACGACAAGAGAGUAAGAUGAUAUCCGUCGUUAAAGCAAAAUACUUUACUGUGUAUGUUGAUUAUUAACGUGUUCCUAAACGGUAUCCGGCUAGACAACCUUAUACCUUAUAAUGAUUAUUGACUUAAGGUAGCGGUGAUUAUAUGAAUCUUGUCAGUGCACCAGCAAGAAUGGUGCUUUUAUUCCUGUCGAUUAGAGAAGUGAGUUAAGAAAAAACAAUGUUUCCGCGUUUAAUCUGGCUGUUGUUCGUCUUCAAUUCGAUACAUACAGGGCUGCUUAUUGUAUCAGAAGUCAAUAUUUCCAGCUCAUAUCCGAGUUGUGGACCGUCUUACUACCAGUGCAACAGUAAUGACCAAUGUAUUCCACAAGAAAAUGUGUGCAAUUCUAACUAUGAUUGUAAAGACAAUUCAGAUGAGGAAUACUGCUAUUGCAAGGAAAAUCAAUUCCGAUGCGUAUCUCCAGGAAUGUGUAUCUCAAACACUUGGAGAUGCGACGGAGAACAUGACUGCAAGGACGGUAGUGACGAGAUCGGUUGUCCGUGCGAGAAAGAUCAAUUUCGCUGCGUCGAGGACGCGUUUUGUAUUGGCAAUGAGCUGUUGUGUGACGGGAAUUUCAAUUGUAAUGAUAAGUCAGACGAAGCAAACUGUGUAGCCUGCUCCGGGACCGCGGUAAUGUGCGAAGACGGCACGUGCCGCCUCAAAUGCAUACAAACAGAGAUAGUUGAAUGUAAAAAACAUCAGUUUCUUUGCAAAGACCACAGUACGUGUAUCAAUGAUACCAGUGUCUGCAACAAUAUUGCCGACUGCUCGGACAGUUCUGACGAAUUUGAUUGCAACUGCCAGGGCGAUGCGUUCAUGUGUGAAAAUGGGCGUUGCAUAUCUCAUGUGCAUGUAUGUGACACGCAGUUCGACUGCAGUGACAACUCUGAUGAAAAGAAUUGCGAGUGCUUGGAAGAUCAAGUCAGGUGCGAGGAUGGCCGAUGUGUGAACAUAGACUCACUGUGCACGUCAGACUGCAAAAGUGACUUACGAUCUUACCAGUGUAAAUGUAAAGAAAACGAAUUUCAAUGCAAUAAAAGUAAAGAAUGUAUUAAUUCUCGUGAGGUAUGCAACGGUCAUCACAACUGCAAAGACUCGUCAGAUGAGUGGGAUUGUCAUGACGAAUGUGACCCGCAUAAUAAAUGUUUUGAUGGCAAUGGAUGUUUCAAAGAAUUAGAUAAAUGCGAUGGAAGAAAGGAUUGUGAAGAUGGUUCAGACGAGCUUAAAUGCGACUACACAUUCACCUGUCCUGACGGUAGAAAAUUAAGGAAAUAUUUUGUAUGUGACGAAAAUGUUCACUGUGAAGACGGGUCAGAUGAAAAGAAUUGUAAGUUCACCUGUGGUAAUGGUGAGACAAUAAAAAAGGAGCGAAUAUGUGAUGGUCAUUAUGAUUGUGUAGAUCAAAAUGACGAACGGAAUUGUACUUGUCACGAAAGUGGUCGCUGCCCAGAUGGUCUAUGUAUCGGUAGUGGCGGAAUUUGCGAUGGCGUUGUCUUUUGUGAAAGUAAAUACGACGAACGCAACUGUCCGUGUGAUAUGAGAACAGAGUUUACGUGCGCUAACGGUCUAUGCGUCGCUGGAUCAUUUGUUUGUGAUGGACUUAAUCAAUGUGGAGAUUUCUCUGAUGAGAGUUUAGCUAACUGCAGCUGCACUGAAGAGCAGUUCGAGUGCGCAUGCGGGAUGUGUAUUCCAAAUCCUAGAAGAUGUGAUGGUCAGCCACAAUGUCCGGAUGGAAGCGAUGAGGAGCGCUGCCCGUGUCUUAAAAACCAAUUCACCUGCGAUGACGGCACUUGUAUAAACAAGGUUUGGGUCUGUGAUCUCGCAACUAAUUGUCCUGACGGAUCUGACGAGUCUGAUUGCGGGUGCACUAAAGACGAAUUCAGGUGUGGGGACGGUAGUUGUAUCGACCUCCGUUACCAAUGCAACGGACGCGUUGACUGCCAUCGUGAUUCGUCGGAUGAGUUCAACUGCACGUGCGGUCAAGGAGAAUUCAGAUGUGGGGACGGUGCAUGUAUUGAUAUCAGACUUAUAUGUGAUGGCACUCCAGAUUGCAAGAAUGCCAGCGAUGAGCGUGUCUGCAACUGCUCUAAGAAGGAAUUCGAUUGUGGGGAUGGAAACUGUAUCCCAAUUGGGCAUAAAUGUAAUGGCCGAAUUGACUGUAUAGAUGAGAGUGAUGAGAUGGAAUGCAAGUGCAAUGCAAACGAGUUCCACUGCCACAACUUUAAAUGCGUUGCAGGCGCGUGGAUAUGUGACACUGUCGACGAUUGUGGAGAUCGAAGCGAUGAAGUCAACUGUAAAUGCAAGGAUGACGAGUUUAGAUGUUCAAAUCGGAUCUGUAUGGGAAAAAAUACAACCGAGGCUAGGAUUUACUGUCCUGAUGAUGGCUAUGAUGAUGAUGAUGAUGAUGAGGAUGAUGAUGACUUUUUUCACAAAACACAUGUGGCAAUUACUGAUGACUCAAAUCUAGAGAUGUACAUACCACUGGGCCUGUCUAUGUUCCUAGGCACAACGCUGGUUACAGUACUUCUGCUGUGUCGGUUAAGAACAAAAACCAAAAUAGUCGAUGAAAACCCGAGUAUCGAACUUCGCCCAUUUCCUGGCAGAAGGUAUGUAUCUUCGCCGGUUCGAGAUUUAAGUUAUGCAAACCACGAAAUCAACCGGAAACAGCUUCAGCUGGGAGAUAUGCUGGGACAUGGGAAAUUUGGCGUUGUACAUCUUGGUAAUCUUCAUUUGUCAAGGACAAACAUGCAGGUGGCGGUAAAGAGCAUUGGACUGACAGCGAGUCAGGCACAAAAAGUAGACUUUCUUGAUGAGAUCAAAUUGCUUAUCAACAUUGGUAAACAUCAGAAUAUAAUCUCCGUGUUGGGUUGCUGUAUUUCUGAUGAGCCGUACCUACUGAUAACCGAACUAAUGAAAUACGGUGAUUUACUUGGGUUUCUCCGAAUAUGUAAAAAGGUCCGGAAUGGUCAGUACAUGGAUGACACAAUAUACAGCAUCAAAGAGACUGACAUGUUCAACAUAGCGAGACAGGUUGCGAGAGGAAUGGUAAUAUUUCUAUUGAACUUUAGAAAUUAG